AUGCCGCUGUAUCGAGAGGCCGGCCCGCGGCCCGAAAUGUCUGAUACGAGAGGUGAACAGAUCACCAGAGAAGGUUGGCGCUUUGUUAUCGCUAAAAUGCCAAGCAUCUGGACGGCCAUUAUCAAAUCCUGGGUUCUUGGAGUUACCCUUUCUGUUUGCAUGAAUUUGGCCUCUGGAAUUAAAAUUGAAGUGAGCCCGCCUAAUCCUAAAGAUGGAGACACUGUCAUCCUAAAAGUCACUGAAGUUUCUGGAGCUAUUCUAUUUGCUACUUGGUACAAAGGCCGAACUACAGAUGCUUCCAACCAAAUCCUGAACUUUUUCCCUCCAGAACAAGAGUUUAAAGGGGAAAAGUACUUUGCGGAAGCUCACGGACAACGCAAUGGCUCCUUGGUGAUCAACAAGGUCAGAACAGACUUCAAUGGGUACUAUACAGUACAGAUUCAAACUAAAGAACAACUACAUCAGAGCUAUGUACUUCUUACUGUGAAUGGUGUCAUGUCUAUUGCUCUGUCUCCAUUUGCGCUCUUACUGGGCAUGCUGCUGUUUUCGGAUCUCAAUUUCAUAUGACGAUAAGGAGCUCAAG